UGAGCGUCUACAUGAUAGAUGCCACUGACUGAGGUGAGAGCGCCUGCUCUGUGCGUCUGCUAUGCCGAUUUAUUCCUGGAAUGUAACGCACUGAAGACUCAGACUUGGAUCCACUCCCAACCGCCCUUGAGAUUGGAAGCAGAAGCUACAAGUUUAAGGGCCACUGAAUGAAACUUCUCCGAGCUGCUCCUAUCAUUCGCUUUCUGAUCCCAAAACUACGACAAACCAUGAGCCGUUCUCUCAGCACCGGGGUUUUCCAGAACUCCCAGCCCCUCAAUUACCGGGCAGGGGGUAGAGUGCAGCCUGUGGACUCGGUGGGACAAGAACAAGCGUAUGAACCAUCCACAGGCCGGGUCAUUGCAACUUUUGCUUGCUCUGGAGAAAAAGAAGUCAAUGAAGCCAUUCAAAGUGCCAAGUCUGCUUUCAAAAUAUGGCGUCAGAAAUCGGGAAUGGAGCGAAGCCGCGUCUUGUUGGAGGCAGCGCGUAUUAUCAGGGAGCGCAGUGAAGAACUGGCCACCAUGGAGACCAUCAACAAUGGGAAAUCCAUCUUUGAAGCGAGAGUGGACAUUGAUGUUUCUUGGCAGACGCUGGAGUAUUAUGCUGGACUUGCGGGUAGCAUGGCUGGACAACAUGUGCAGCUCCCAGGAGGAUCGUUUGGUUACACAAGAAGGGAACCUCUCGGUGUCUGUGUAGGGAUUGGAGCCUGGAACUACCCCUUCCAGAUUGCCUGCUGGAAGUCCGGACCUGCACUAGCAUGUGGCAAUGCUAUGGUGUACAAACCAUCUCCCUUCACUCCUAUUACAGUAGUUUUGCUCGCUGAGAUCUUCACGGAGGCCGGGGCCCCUCCAGGUCUCUUUAAUGUGGUCCAGGGGGCCGCAGCCACUGGGGAGUUCCUCUGUAAGCAUCCAGAGGUGGCCAAAAUAUCAUUCACUGGCAGCGUCCCCACCGGCUCAAAGAUCAUGGAAAUGGCUUCCAAAGGUAUUAAACCUGUGACCCUGGAGCUCGGAGGAAAGUCUCCUCUCAUUAUCUUCUCUGACUCUGACUUUGACAAUGCUGUGAAUGGUGCUCUGAUGGCCAACUUCCUCACCCAGGGACAAGUAUGUUGCAAUGGCACACGUGUCUUUGUUCAAAGGGACAUAUUGCAAAAGUUUACUGAAGAAGUGGUGAAGAAGGUGGCAAAAAUAAAAAUUGGGGACCCUCUUUUAGAAGACACCAGGAUGGGACCACUCAUUAACCGUCUUCAGCUGGAGAAAGUGCUUGCCUUUGUUAAAGGUGCAAAAGAACAAGGUGUCAAGGUGCUGAUCGGUGGUGAGCCAUACGUCCCAGCAGAUCCUAAACUGAAGUCCGGAUUUUUCAUGAGCCCUUGUGUAUUAGGAGAAUGCAAGGAUGAUAUGACCUGCGUCAAGGAAGAAAUUUUUGGUCCUGUGAUGUCCAUCCUGCCUUUUGAUACAGAGGAAGAAGUUCUGGAAAGAGCCAAUAACACAACAUACGGUUUGGCUGCAGGAGUCUUUAGCAGGGACAUCCAGCGCGCUCAUAGAGUGGUGGCUGGUCUGCAGGCCGGUAUGUGUUUCAUCAACAAUUACAACGUGAGUCCCGUUGAACUGCCUUUUGGAGGCUACAAAAAGUCUGGCUUUGGACGUGAAAAUGGACAAGUUGCCAUUGAGUACUAUUCGCAGCUGAAGACGGUCUGCGUGGAGAUGGGAAAUGUCGAGUCAGUGUUUUAAAUGGCCGGCGUGUCCCCACAGCGACGUUCUUGUUAGUAUUCCACAUUGAAUGAUGUUCUAUAUGGAAGGGUCUUGUCACACCACAUAUAUUUUUUCUAGUGUCAUAAUAAAAUUUGUAGACUGUGCUACCCAGUGUCUUACUGAGGACUUCUCACGACUCCGACAUCUGUUCUCGAAAAUACUUUAUAUUACAGGGCGAUUCAAAAAGAAGUGCGCAAAAUUCUCCCCUCGGUAUUCAUAACUGAGAGAGCUCAACUUCAUUAUCAUGAAAGACUUAGUUUUAUCUGUACACUACAAAUGUUCGAUGUGCGCUCCAUCCGUGACCAGACCUAUCUAGGCGUUAGUCCAGUUCUGCCCAGACAUGUCCCAGCAUAUCCUCAGCUAUGGACUCCAGUUAUGGUCAUCUCAGGGCGUUUAGAUCCUGUGGCUGGGGGGAGGCAGAUACACUUAAGGAGUCAUUUAUGAACAGAGAUACGCCACUUUUGGGGAGUAUAUCUGGCUCGGAUUCUGUCGCACGCCAUGUUGUGGCAGAAUCUGUGACUUAGUCCUCGCUCACGACAGGUCUAAAAAAAGUGAGCGGGGACGGGCCAUUAGGCCGGUCUCAUUCAUCAUUUCCUAUGCCUGGUUUAGGAAGCAGACUGAAGGAAGCCAUCUUACACUUGGCAUCAGCGGUGGAUAUGCUAUAGUCAUGUACAGUCCUGCUCCUCUUCAUAACUUCGCCGGAUCCACCACCAGAUAUAGGGCUUAUUAAGAUCGGUGUCUAAAAUGCUGAUCUAACUAAAUGUGUCCCUUAGUUCUGGAUGUCACAGGGUAUUCAUGGCGUUCCUGCAGGUGUCACCCAUCUGGAAGUGGGAAGGAGCACCAUCCCGCUGAUAGACUACACUUGGCAGAUCUUCCUCCAUCUGCGGCAAUGCCUACAGCAAUCAAUCUCGGCACAGCUUCCAUUUGCUUGUUUGAACCAUCCUUUUUGAAUCACCCUGUAUUUUUCAUUUAAAAAAAACAAACAAUUCUGGAGCAUUUUUCCUCAGGGCGAGUUCACAUACGCAUUGUAUAUUCCGUUAUACCGUACCGCUAUAACAGGCUUAUAAUGGAAUUCUAGAACGGAAUGCAAAACGGAAACGUUUAGAGGCAUUUUGUUCUGAUCCGUCCUAAUAAAGUUCUUUGGGCACAAAUAAGGGUUCCAUCUUGUUCCAUUAUAGAAGAUGGAAAAAAAUCCUGUCAACAGGCCUUUUUUAUUUUUUUCCGUCUUACAUAACGGAACAGUUAUUUGUGCCCAUAGAACUCUACUAGGACGGAUCACAGCGGGAUGCCUCUAAAGGUUUCCAUAAUGCAUUUUAAAACCCUGUUAUAACGGAAUAUACAGCGCACAUGUAAAACCCGCCCUUAGACCUCUGCACUGUGCUGCAGCUUCAUUGUUCCUUGUAGACAUUUCUGACAACGAGGCGUUACCAGUUGGGGGUCAGUCCCUACACAGUCUGAUCAGUGCUGACCGUACCAGACUGUGUAGCGCCAUGUUAUCAUGAAUAUUCUGGAAGAAUAGCGGGAACGGCGUAGCACAGCAUUAUGAGAAAAGAAGCUUCAGCGUUGCAUGACUUGUCUAAAGAUGUCCGGUCCUGUGAACAUGUGAAGGCAUAUGGAGGCAAGCAUGGUGUGACCGGCGCCCAAGGACAUUGUAAUCCGCUACCAUUUCAUAUAACUUUGAUAAAGCUUGCUUGCAAUUUUAUAUUUCUAUUAUACAUUGUACUAAUAAAAAGGAAGUUUAAGUGCG